CAGCGUUUAGUUCUCUGUAGGUUGGCAUCGCGAACGGAUCGAAAUGCAGGCUCAAACAUAUAUUUUCACGACUCUGCUCGUUCUCUUCUGCUGCGGAAAUCCUUUGAAGGUCGAGUCCAGUCGCAUGAGUUGGCCAAAAAUGCCGAAAGCACUUGGCAACUUCAACUGUCGGAACGACAGCAUCGGAUUAGCCUUUAACUUGACAGAACUUUCUGGAUAUUGGUAUGAAGCUGCCCGAGUGCCGAAUGUCCAGGUGUUGGAGUGUCUGAAUGUGUCAGUUCCCGCGGAGACCGAUAACAACACUCUUUCGCUGGACUUGAACUUCAUCAGCACGGUUAACAACGACUGGCAGUUCACCAAAGAGUCUGUCAACUUUCCCUGGGACAACAAAACCCAAUUCGGAGUCUUUGAACUAAAGUACGAUAUGGUCACUGUGACUUACAAGUUGGUGGGCACUGACUACAAAAACUACGCCGUUAUCUGCGGAUUCGGAAGCAUCUCCCCCGUUCCGCUCUUCAAACUAUUCACUCGGCAGCGGGAGAUUGACCAGAAAUAUAUCGACUUAGUUCAGGCGAUGGCCGAACAAAUGGGGGUUUCUGCCCAUAUUGCGUGGGACAAACAGUCUCCGGAUGAGUGCAAUGGAUCCGGUGGUCGAGCUCCUCUGGCAAUUCUGAUGGGUUUCAUCACAAUGCUCUGGGGUUUCACCAUGGCAAAGCGAAUUUGUACCUAGGCUUUAUUAUUUGCCUAGAGAGUACUCAAUUUUUCGCCACAACUAUCAGUACAAAGUCUUAUCAAUGCUGUCUGUUUUAUUCUAAACGAACUUUAUUUUAUUUGGGGUCAUCUAAAAAGAUUGUUUACUUUUGUUAUCUUUAUAAGUCUAGCAAAUUAUGAUGUUAUUAGAGGCGUAAUUACAAAUAAAUAUAAUUCUAUUAUAUGAGGCA